ACAGUCCACCUCUUCCCAAUCCCGUCUACUCCCAAGACAACGUCCCAAUCCUCGCCCCCGCAUGUCUCGCUCCCUUCAACCCACCGUCUUCUCGCGCGACUCUGAUCCCAGCGUCCAAGACAGCCUCUGGUACGCGAACGACUUCAUGCUCGGAGCAGGCAUGGUGAUCAUCCAGCCCUCGACGGGCAAGAUGGUCAUCCUCAGCGACCAGUACCAGGACGCACGUGGUGUGACCCGGCCCUAUUGCUUUCUUCCAAAAGGCAGGAAGGAUAUUGGAGAAUCAUUGGAGCAGACCGCGCUACGAGAGGCGUACGAAGAGUCUGGACUACGCGUUACUUUCAUGCCCUUGAUCAUUCCCACCCAUGCGCCAAGUCCCCCAAGUUCGCAGAACACCCUACACAAAUUGCUUCCCUCCACGGAACCCAUUUACAUCGAUAUGCACAAGUGGAGUGCAGGCCACUUUGGUAGGACUGACAAUGGCGGUGAAUAUCUCACGUUCUGGUAUGUCGGCCAAAUACCGGAGAACCCAGAACUCGAGGCCGACACACGCAUGCCAGACGAGGUUGGCUACCAGACGCACCUCGUCGAUUAUGAUCAGGCGAUGCAGUUGCUUGCCGGAACCAACCUGACCGACAUCGUCGACAAGGCGUACCGGCUUUGGCACGCGACACACCGGCAAAUCCAUAAUCCUGUCUGGCAGGAAACCGUGCGCACAAAGUUGGGCAUCGACCCAGCGAGUGUGGCGGCGCAGGUGCCCCCGUUUCCCGUGCAGAAUGUGGAUGAAGGGCGGAGGUCGCACUCCUCAGCCGAGGGUCGAGAAGAUGGCAGGACCGCUGCACGGUAGAACAGCCGGUACGUCUCGGGCUCUAUUUCGCCAGGGGUUCUCGCCGCGUCGGGAUAAACGGGUGUACAGGUAUGGAUGGAAGUGUAUCCCUAGGUCGUUAUGCUGUUCCCGUCAUUGCUCUGUUCUCACAGCCAUAGUUGUAUAAUACCAUAUCGUAACUGUACUCAUCUCAUGAAAGUUUCUGCACC